AUGGGAGAUAAAAUAGAAUUGCAAACUCAACCUGAGAAAAAUAGUGGAACUGAAGAACCCCAGCACACAAUAGAGAAAUUGAAGGAACUUGUCAAAGAAUAUCCCGCUGAAGACGAUAAAGAUGAAGCUGGCAAUGACGGCGACAAAAAAGAGGAUGAGGAUGACUCGGAAAGUGAAGAGUAUGACGAAGACGGGUUCAAAGUCCCAAGUGGGAAGAUACCAAUCGAUGGACAUUUCACAUCUAAGGAAAUUGAGCAGUUGGUUAGCGUAGCGCAGGAUGAAGGACUUAUCAAAGAUGAUGUCACCGUUGAGGUAUUACUGCGAGAUGAGAACUUUGGCGAUAAGGUGGUGAUAGAGGAGAAAAGUGAAGAUGAGAGUGAAGAUAAGGAUGUGGCUGAGAAGAGCACACACAAGAAAGGGGACAAAGCAGAAGAAGAAGAAGAGGAGCCAAAGAACGACACCGAAAAAGAGAAGGAAAGGGAACUGUUCAAAGAACACUACUUAAAAUAA